AUGUGCGAAUCCAAUCCUCUGCUUAAUGAAUCUAUUAGCCUUCAGGAUUUAUUAAUGUGCGAGUCCGACAUAAAUGAUAUUAUGACCAUGGUUAAUACCAAUCUUUCUACCGCUCAAUCGUUUACUAUGACUUCACCUGAGUUUGAACCUCAAAUUCAAACAAUGCUUGUCAAUAAUAAUACAAAGAACUCUUCAUAUUCUCAAUCUGGAGAUUUGUCAUUGAAUAAUUUUCAAUAUCCAGUUCCCUCUUCAGACAUGCCUCGAGAGCCUUUUCUAUAUUCACCAAACUCUGCUAACAUCGGUUCUUCAGAGCCUCUGUUCUAUUCGCCAACUUCUAACGAAAUCUCUACAGAAAACAACAGUUUCCCGAAUAAUCUUUCUCCAUUAACUCAUACACUCUUUCAAGAUUUAAAUGUUUCUCCAAAUAACUCUGCAUUGGCCAAUUUUGGCAAUUACUCUUCUUCAAUGGAAGAUAUAUUUGUUACACAUGAUACCCCAUUAUCUCCAGAAUCUAAUCUUGACUCCCGAAACAUCCGGUCUGAAAAUGGUAGAAAACGCGCCUCCACUGAAUAUGAUACAAUUUCUUUUGAUGAAUCCUUAAAAAAGAAAAGUAAAGGUCCUUUGGCAUCAAACACGCGUUCAAAAUCUCCUGUGAUUGAUAUAAAUACCAUUAAAACGAUACUGGCUUCUUUGUAUGAUACCACGAAUCGAACC